UGUUUUUUAUGACAUUCUGGUGAUGAAGAGGUUUAUGGAAGUCGACUGUUCAAUCGUUGAAAGUUAUUAUCCAACAUUAUCCUUUUUUGAUUAUUUUGUUUUACUAAUCUGUACUAAAACUAUCAGUCAGAACAAAAAAUGCCACUGUCAAUAUGGCGGCGAUGUUGACGUUUGUUCCGGAUGCUCAUGCAGGCGUUACCUCCCCUGUUUAUGCAGUGAGGACCUUCGGGGCGUCACGUCUGGUGUUGCAGAGUAAACAAACUCGCUAACAUUAAUCUUUCUGAGAUGGAUAACAGUGACGGUGAGGUGGAGGAAGAUGAAACCGAGUGGAAAACUUGUUUCGUGGAUUCAGCUGCGGUUUGUCCCGCCACUUCUCCAGCUGCUGCUUCUGGGCCAGUCAUUGAAUCGGCACACAGAGUUAUUCUGCAUUUUGACCUGGACUGCUUUUAUGCUCAGGUGGAAAUGAUCAGAAACCCAGCUCUAAGAGAUGUCCCUUUAGGUGUACAGCAGAAAUACAUCAUAGUCACCUGUAACUAUGUGGCAAGGGAGCGGGGCGUCACCAAGCUGAUGUCUGUUACUGAUGCUAAGGAGAAAUGUCCUGAACUGGUGCUGGUUAAAGGAGAAGACCUGACACACUACAGAGAAAUGUCCUACCAAGUCACAGAGCUCCUGCUGUCUUUCUGUCCGCUGGUAGAGAGGCUUGGAUUUGACGAAAACUUUGUGGAUGUCACAGGAAUGGUUGAACAAAGAUUGGCUCGGAUAUCAGAGUCCGACAGCCUCUCAUUUAAAGGAAAUGUCUUCAAUCAUUCCAGUGCUGAUGCUAACGCUAGCCACCAUCCAAGGCUGGCUAUUGGUUCGCACAUUGCAGCAGAGAUGAGAGACGCGAUCCGCAGCAAGAUCGGCUUGACUGGUUGUGCUGGCGUCGCCACAAACAAGCUGCUGGCCAAACUGGUUUCAGGCACCUUCAAACCAAACCAGCAAACGGUUUUACUGCAGGAGAACGUUGACGAUAUUAUGGGAUGUUUGAGUGGCCUCAGAAAAGUACCAGGCGUGGGCCACCAAACGGCCAAGAGGCUUCAAGCUUUGGGGUUAGUCAGUGUGAAAGACCUGCAGCUCUGCCCUCUGGGUGACCUGGCGAGGGAGUUGGGGGGUACCACCGCUCAGCGCCUGAGGAAUCUGGCUCUCGGCAUUGAUGAAUCAGCCGUCACACCCACUGGGGCCCCACAGUCUCUCAGUGAUGAAGACUCCUUUAGGAAAAUGUGUUCAGUGAAGGAAGUCAUGGCAAAGAUCCAGGAGCUGCUUGGCAGUCUGGUGGAAAGGAUGCACAAAGAUGGCCGUCAGCCUCAAACCUUCAGGCUCACAAUACGAAGAUACUCAGCGACCAACAAGUGGUUCAGCAGGGAGAGCCGCCAGGGCCCAAUCCCAGGCGGCGUCGGACAGAAGAUCGUCUCUGGGAACAUUGAAGACGCCGUGUCACAGCUGGUCCUGUUGGCUGUGAAGCUCUUCCAUAAGAUGGUGGACUGCAGCACGGCAUUUCACCUCACACUCAUCAACGUCUGCUUCAGUAACCUGCAGAGCAGAGGGCCGGCUGCGAGCGGAAAGGGUGCCAUCACGUCAUUCUUCACGCACAACGCAUCACCCAGGAAAACCCAGAUAUUGUCCAUACAAAACCAGAAUAAUUCAGCCCAGAAUGCUGACAGUUGCCUUUUGGACCAUCAGAUCAGUGAAUGCAGCAGAAAUGUUCCACCAAAAGGUCAAAUGACUUGUAACUCUGAACAAUCAGAGGAAAACUAUGAAGCGUCCUGCAGCACAGAGGGAAUAAAUUCGGACAAAACCAAACCGCCACCGCACGUUGACCCGGAGGUGUUCAGGCUCCUUCCAGAAGAAAUCCAGAAGGAACUUUUAUCUCCUGAUUAUCUGAACUCCCUGCAAAGCCACAUGUCGAAACACGAGCCUCCAGAAAACGAUUCAUCGAUGAAAGCAGACUGGUCCAGAAUGAAUCACCAGCAGCCGGCAGGAAUGAGAGUAAUUACUGAAGAAAACGCCAUGGAGCAGGACAAAUUAUGGCUCCCCCGGUCAUCUGACUGUAACAUCCCGGGAAACGUGGACCCUGAGGUGUUUUCUGAACUUCCCCCGGACGUCCAGAAGGAGCUCAUGUCUGAAUGGAAGCAGCAGAACCCGGUUCUGAAGACUCCGUCAUCCAGGAAAACAGGAAAAGGCUCCAUCUCCAAAGGCAAAGACAGAAAGGCUGAAGGAAGGAGCAGCCAGUCGAAUAAUCUGCACAAGUAUUUUAAACCCUGUUAGAGAAAAACAGUUGGGUCAUAAUGAGGACUUUGUUUCUCUAAAGAGUUACUGUUCUCGCUUCUAGGUUCUAGGAAAAUAAAAGAAACCUCUCACUGCUCGUUGAUUUUCAGUGUCGCUACAGCAAAUUAAAAGUAAUGUUAUGGAGCCUUA